AAAGACGUCACCGUCACUCUCUCACGACAGGAACAAUGAUCACAGUCUUUGCAACUUUCUGUCUUUUUGUUACAGUGAAAACCUCUGAGACUGAUGAGCUUCAAGUGCAAACAGUGAAAUGUGGUGAAAAUGUUACAAUAAAAUGUCACCCAGACUUUAUCAAAGGCAAAGAGCCCUUUUUAGCCUGGUAUAAGCAGAGUUCUGGAAAGCUGCCUGAGCUUAUUGUGAGAACAUCUGACAAUAAUGCGAAUGUCAGAGUUGCUGAACCAUUUAAACAGCGCUUCAGACUGACUGCAGGUGAAGAACAGUUUGAACUCAGCAUCAUUAAGACUGUGGAAGAGGACGCAGGAACAUAUUUCUGUGUGAAAAUAAAGCAAAGCGUUACAGAGUUUGGAUCUGGGACCCUUCUGCUUUUUCCAGAUGAAAAGUCUGAGAAGCGAAAUCUGACUGAAGUAGACGUGAAAAGUGGAGAGUCGGUUACACUCCAGUGUUCAGUGGCUCCUCUGAGUUGUUCAGGAGAUCACAGUGUGUACUGGUUCAGACACGGAUCAGGAGAACCUCAUCCAGGAAUCAUUUACACUCGUGGAGACACAGACAGUCGGUGUACGAGGAGCUCUGAGACUGAUUCUCCUACACAGAGCUGCGUCUACAAACUCCCCAAGAGAAACCUCAGCCUCUCUGAUGCUGGAACUUACUACUGUGCUGUGGCUGCAUGUGGACAGAUGCUGUUUGGGAGUGGAACUAAUCUCUGUAUAAAAGGAGAUAACAGUCAGACUGUUAUUGCCUUGGCAACGUCCAACGUGAUAACUGUUAUUGUGACUGUCAUUCUGGCUGUUCUGCUCCUUAAGAACCAAUGGAAAGGUUCUUUCAAUGACCAUCCAAAUCACACAAAUCAGGUUGCAAACACAGAUGCCUUGAAUUAUGCAGCUCUGAAUUUUGCUAUGAAACCUCGUCCAUUCAGAACAUCUAGAGUCAAGGAAUGUCAAGACAUUUACUCACAGGUCAAAGUACAAUAGUUAAAGUGAAACUGAACAUUUACCUGUUUGAUUGAUUGAGAUCAUGCUAGACACAAUUCAUGUUCAACAGUGGCUUCAGAGAAAGUUCUGUGUUUCCAAUAGAAUUCAUUCAUGUUCUUUUAGCAAUAAUGAUAAUUUAUAUUAUUUUCUAUUUAAACACUGUACCACUUUUAAAUCAGGAGUUAAAAGUCACCAUUAUACUAGCAUAGUAUUCUCAUCAAAUGAUACCUUUUCCCCAAUUUACAGAACAUUUACUCUUUUUUUUCCAAAGGUCAAGGUAUGUUUCAGGUAGUAUUUUGAAGAAACACAAAGGGAAGAUGUAGUGUGUGUGUGUGUGUGUGUGUGUAUGUGUGUGUGUCAAAUUCUCUCCAUGUACACUUUCCAUAUAAAAACAAAUAAACAAAGGAAAAACUAAAUAAGUAACUGCAUAUAAUUGACCGUUCUCUCAGUCCCUGUGUCAUCACAUCCGGCUGUAAAUAGAAGCAUGACCGCAUUUCACCAUUUAAGGGCAGCAAUGGAGGGUCGCCAGGUUUUAACAGAUUUUGCACUCAUGCUUUCCACCAGGUUUAAUUCUUCCUCCUCAGCCCAUGUAAACAUUAGCAACAUUAGCAAGAGCCCUGAACAC